AUGACAGCACAACUGCCUCCAAACUUGUUGGCCCUCUUCACACCCCGGCCGCCUGUUAGAUAUAUUCCACCUUCGGACCACCCGGCUGAAGAUAGGCGCACUGCGGCUAUUAGUGGUGUCGCAUCGUUUCUUCCUCAAUUACAGGAAUACAAAGAUAAUGACGAUUAUCAACCAACUGAAUCAUGGCUUCAAAGACAUGACCGACUUAAGCUCGAAAAGCGAGAAAGGCAAAAGAGAUUACUAACCGAAGUGUCAACUCUAUACAAGCCUCAAGAAGAUCCCAAUAUCAGGGGUGACGCUUUCAAGACUCUGAUCGUUGCACGACUUAGUUAUGAAGCGACGGAAAAAGAUCUUGAAAGCGAGUUUGGACGUUUUGGCCCAAUUGAGAGAAUCCGCAUCGUUGUUGACACACACCAAGACGAAAAACCUCACAAAAAAAAGAAGAAGCAUCGUGGAUAUGCGUUUGUAGUAUACGAACGUGAGAAGGACAUGAGAGGUAAACUUCCAUACUUUCCCCACCUUUAUCACACUAUUAUCCGAAAAUAUGGUCUAUCAUUUAUUCCCUGGCCCGAGCCUCUUUCAUUGCUUUCCCCGCAGAAAAGGUAUUUAACUGCACUAGACGGUUGCGAUGGUGUCUCCAUAAAAGGUCGUCGGAUUAAAGUUGAUGUUCAACGCAGCAUGACUGUCAAAGGCUGGAAACCACGAAGAUUUGGUGGUGGACUAGGUGGGAGAAACUACACCAAAAUCGCUGCGCCCCGACCGCUACCAGGAUUCGCUGCUCCCGGACCCGGAGGAUUUAGAGGUGGUUUCAGAGGCGGUUUCGACGGAGGCCGUGGAAGAGGUAGUUUUGGCGGUAGGGGCGGUUUCCAAGACCGUGGUGGUUUCCGAGGUGGAAGAGGUGGAAUUGGCUACCAGGCUGGUAAUGAGUCUUCGAGAGUUGGUGUCUCAACUAGCUACAGCGGAGCACCGCCUAUUGCUCCUACGGGACCAGGUGGUCGCAGCGGCUUUAGUAGUCGUGGUGGUGGGAGUGGUCCCGGAGGACCUGACCGCAGUGGACCUUCGGGUGGACAUGAUCGACCUCGUUACGAAGAUAGGUCCGGAGGAUUCCGAGGAAACAGCCGGUCACAAGGUGAAGGAUCCCAUCGAACGGGUAGCGGAUCUAACAUGGAACCGGUCCGUCCUCGCGAUGGCCCACGCGAUGGUCCACGAGAUAUUUCACGCAGCGCACCAUAUAGAGACGGAGGAUACCGAGACAGAGACAGUAGCUCUAGUAGUUAUCGCACACGCGACGAUGACAUCCGAAAGCGACCCUACGAAAGCAACGGUGAUGAUCCAAGAAAGCUACGAAGAUACUAG